AUGGAGGAAAUUCUUCAUGAAGGCCGGUUUGCCGGUCUCAUCAUGCAUCCUUCAUCACUUCCGAAUCGAAAUGGGCUCUCGGGGGACUUCGGGAAAGGCGCGUACGAGUUUGUGGACUAUCUUGUCGCUGCACGGUUAAACUACUGGCAAGUGUUGCCCUUGGGACCGUGCCGGUACGUCGGGGAGCAGCCAGGCUGCCCGUAUUUGGCCACCAGUACCUUUGCAAUGAACCCGCUGUUCGUGUCUGUGGAAGCUCUGGUAGAAGACGGCCUCAUCUCUGAGGAGGAAGUAGCAGGUCUUCUGAAAGAUUCGAGCAGUGACGGACAGGGUGGAUCAUCACAGGCUCAAACUGCUGAAUUGAAAGGUUCAAGACACGUGGAUUAUGUUCGAUCAAUGAAGUUCAAGGAGGACGUUUUGGCACUGUCGUACGAGAGAUUCAGAAACAAAAACGAAUGCGAUGAGUAUAAUGAUUUCUGCGCAAAAAAUUACUUCUGGCUCCAGGGAUACGCUUGCUUCGAGGCGUUGCAAGCGAGGUUUCCUGAUGCCACAACCUGGUUGGACUGGCCCCAGGAGUACAAGAACUAUCGUCAUCUACGAAAAGAUGCGGCGUUGAUGGAAUCAUUAAACACAGCAGCCAUUGUCAAUGACAAGGCAGUACCUCAGACGACACCUGAAUUCCAUAAAUUUGUGCAGUAUAAAGUCUGCAGACACUGGAGGGACUUGCGCCAGUAUGCCAACGAGAGAGAAAUCAAAAUAUUUGGAGAUGUCGCAUUUUAUGUCAACUUGCACAGCAGCGAUGUAUGGAGUUACCCUGAAAUGUUUCAGAUGAAUCCUGAAACUAGUGAACCUCUAUAUGUAUCAGGUGUGCCUCCAGAUCCUUUCUGCGCCGAUGGUCAACUGUGGGGUCAUCCUGUUUAUGAUUGGAAGGCCCACGAGAAAACGCAGUUCCGCUGGUGGACGAAGCGUAUCAGGCUAACGUUCGAAAAAGUUGACGCUUUGAGGCUAGACCACUUCAGAGGUUUCGUGGCAUACUGGCGGGUGCCCUAUGCUCAUGCGGUCAAAUACAAAACAGCAAGUGAUGGAGAGUGGGUUGAAGGGCCAGGUGAAAAGUUGUUUGACGCGUUAUACAAGCACAUGGGGUGGCUGCUUCCGAAAAAAGCCUUGCCAUCCCAGUUACCGAAGGAUAAGCAUGGUCACAGUUCAUUGAUGAAAAGGCUCCGUCAUGUGUGGGGGUUUGCUGGGCACCAAGCACAACAAGCUCCUCCGCCUGAGUGUCAGGGUGAUGCCGAUACGUAUGAGCGCCGGUUAACAUACCGAGGCACAGCGCCUAUGAUUGUCGCGGAGGAUUUAGGCUUCAUCACAGAGGAAAUCGUUAUCCUCCGAGACAAGUACAACAUACUUAGCAUGAGGGUGAUGCAGUUCGCGUGGGGCGACACCGAAAAGGGUCCCAACUGCGAGCACCUGCCGUACAACGUAACCCGCAACUGCUGUGUACACACGGGCACCCACGACAACGACACGGUGCUGGGCUGGUGGAAAACAGCGUCGCCUGAGCAAAAAACUCAUCUGACAAACUAUCUAGGUCUGGACAAGGAGCCCACUGCGGAAGACGCUCACUGGCACUUGGUUAGGCUUGCAGUGGAGACGGUGGCUCACCUGGUUGUGAUACCGGUGCAGGAUGUCAUUGGAUAUGGCAGCGAAGCACGUUUCAACCAACCAGGAAGCGAUUCACCGUCCAACUGGUCGUGGCAGCUAGACAGUCUGGAUGAGCUCUACAAUCCCCCCGUCUUCGACAGGUUUGCGAAGCUCUUAGAGACGUCGGGACGGGUCAAAGCUCUCAACGAUUCUUUCCCCAAGUGA